AUGCACGUGCUCAUUGCAGGCGGCAGCGGCCAGACUGGGGGCCUUGUCAUUGAUAACUUAGUCAGCCAAGGUCACACCAUCACAGCGCUUGUGCGCAACCCGGCCUCUGUCCCAAACAGAGCAGGCCUGAAGCUCAUCCAAGGCACGCCAGUCAACAUGAAUGAUAUCAAAAAGGCUCUUGAUACGCCACGCAAACCUGACGCAGUCAUCAUCACGCUUGCCCACGCCAAGGGAGCGGUAUUCGAUAACGGCGCCUUGUUUCUCACGCACGUCACCAAUAACUUUGUCAGUGCUGUACGAAGUGUCGACACAUCCAUCAAAAUCAUAUAUAUGUCAGCGUUCGGGGUGGGUGAUUCAUUCCCGGGGCUGAAUUUCCUCAUGCGCGGAGCCGUCAAGGCAACACCUAUGGCGACGAAGUUUGCAGAUCACAAGGGUGCCGAGGACGCCCUCAAAAGCGCGGCGGAUAUCUCGUUUGUGGUGGUCAGGCCAGCGAUGUUGACGAAUGGGAAGGAGGACACGGUGGUCUCAUUGGGGGAAAAGGGUGAGAAGGCGUCGUUUAUGCCUAGCAUUUCGAGGGCUAGUGUAGCAAGGUAUAUGGUGGAUAUUGCGCAGAACAAUAAGUGGGAUGGGAAGGCUACUGUGAUCGCCAACGGAAAAUAA